AUGACUUGUGGAGUUAGCACAGUGGGCUGUGGAUUCCGCCCCAGAAACUUCAGCUGUGUCUCAGCCUUCGUGCCAAGGAUUGGUGACCGCUGCUGCGUCAGCGCUGCUCCCUACAGAGGAGUGUCCUGCUACAGGGGACUGACCGGCUUUGGCAGCCGAAGCGUCUGUGGGGGCUACAGGGCCGGCUCCUGUGGCCGGAGCUUUGGCUACCGCUCUGGGGGAGUGUGUGGGCCCAGCCCCCCCUGCAUCACCACUGUGUCUGUCAAUGAGAGCCUCCUGACCCCCCUCAACCUGGAGAUCGACCCCAAUGCCCAAUGUGUGAAGCACGAGGAGAAGGAACAGAUCAAGUGUCUCAACAGCAAGUUUGCUGCCUUCAUCGACAAGGUACGCUUCCUGGAGCAGCAGAACAAGCUUCUGGAGACCAAGUGGCAAUUCUACCAGAACCGGAAAUGCUGCGAGAGCAACCUGGAGCCCCUGUUCAAUGGAUACAUAGAGACCCUGAAGCGGGAGCUGGAGUGUGUGGAGGCCGACAGUGGACGUGUGGCUUCUGAGCUUAACCACGUGCAGGAGGUGCUGGAGGGCUACAAGAAGAAGUAUGAGGAAGAAGUGGCUCUUCGGGCUACAGCCGAGAAUGAUUUUGUGGCACUGAAGAAGGAGGUGGACUGUGCCUACCUACGCAAGUCAGACCUGGAAGCCAAUGCUGAGGCACUGACAGAAGAGAUCAAUUUCCUGAGGGCCCUGUAUGAGGAGGAGAUCCGAGUCCUCCACACCCACAUCUCUGACACCUCCGUCGUGGUGAAGAUGGACAACAGCCGAGAACUCAACAUGGACUGUGUGAUUGCGGAGAUCAAGUCUCAGUACGACGACAUUGCCAGCCGCAGCCGGGCCGAGGCCGAGUCCUGGUACCGCAGCAAGUGUGAGGAGAUGAAGGCCACAGUGAUCCGCCAUGGAGAAAGCCUGCGCAGGACCAAGGAGGAGAUCAAUGAGCUGAACCGCAUGAUCCAGAGGCUGACCGCCGAGGUGGAGAACGCAAAGUGCCAGAAUUCCAAGCUGGAGGCUGCUGUGACCCAGUCUGAACAGCAGGGUGAGACUGCCCUCAAUGAUGCUCGCUGCAAGCUGGCAGGGCUGGAGGAGGCUCUGCAGAAGGCCAAGCAGGACAUGGCUUGUCUGCUGAAGGAGUACCAGGAGGUCAUGAACUCCAAGCUGGGCCUGGACAUUGAGAUUGCCACCUACAAGAGGCUGCUGGAGGGCGAGGAAUACAGGCUAUGUGAAGGCGUUGGUGCUGUGAAUGUCUGUGUGAGUAGCUCCCGAGGUGGUGUCAGUUGUGGUGACCUUUGCCAGACAGGCUCCCGACCCAUCACCGGCAGUGUUUGUAGUGCCCCUUGCAGUGGGAACAUGGUGGUGAGCACUGGAUACUGUGCGCCCUGUGGGUCCCUCAACACCAGCUGUGGAAGAUGCUAGAGAGAGAGAGACAGAGACAGAGAGAGACAGAGGCGCCCUUUCCAUCAUCUCCAGAUGUGCCCUAUUCCCUCCCCUCCCCCAUCUCUAGGUCUCAGCCUCCUAAAACAGCUGUUUUCCUACCUCAUGUUCUGAGAACACGCCAAGCUCCACAUUCCCUCCCAACUUCCAUCUUCUGGAGCCAUAGCAUAGAUCCCAUCAACAGACCCCUUUUGGAUCCUGGACCCACCCAGAAUAAAGGGGUUUGAAUCCAGGACAUUGCUAAUCUGCCUCAGAUCCUUCUCAAUGCAUAUUGUCUUAUGUGUAUCCAAUAA